AUGCUCACGGCUUCUGCACAGGGUCACGGAGAAACAUCACCGUGCCGGUCGUCAUCACUCAUCGGCGGAGAAGGCGGCGGAAGAGGUGUAACAAAAUUUUCCGAGGUUACCGCAGGAGGCGGAGGUAGUUGCCUCCUGACCGGAUGUAACGGUGGCGGUACUGCGGCGGGUGUGAACGACGCGGACGUCACAGUAUCAGCGGCGGCCCCCGCUGAAAUAGGUACUAUAUUAUUAUGUUAUGGGUAUUAG